AUGGCUUACUUUCUCUGGGACGAUGAAGGUGUAGCGCAGUUCGUCAAAUCUUUUGAGCCUGAGCUGGAGGAGCAAUUCUACUCCCUUCCUAGCAACGUGGAAAGAUCCGAUGUGUUUCGUAUCUUGGUGGCGAAAUGGAUCGGUGGGAUUUACGGCGACAUGGACACCGAACCACUUCGCAACCCCUCAUCUUGGAUUACGACAGAUGAUCUCCGCAGCUGGGAGGAUUCGGAGACAAAUCAACUAUACGGGGCAGCUGGCCCGAUACGAGCGAUCGUGGGUCUAGAAGCAGACUGUCCUCCCGACAGCGAUGCGUACUGGCGCAUGGGCUACGCCGAGCCUGUUCAGCUUACACAGUGGUCCCUUGCGGCGGCGCCUAGACAUCCUAUUUCCCAGACGUUUCUCGAUCGUCUCUCGACUAAUCUCAGGAACACAACAUCUACAAAGACGAGCCAGAAACAUUCCCCAUCGAACCAGGCAGCGCUGAACAGUAUUGACCCCCUCCUCCUUACGGGGCCCGCAGCCUUCACGGCAGCCGUAAAGGAAUGGCUGGUAACAACUACUGGGUUGCGAUGGAAUGCCCUAUCCGGAUUGGCGGAUGGAGGGCAAAGUAAGGUUGUGGGAGAUAUCUUGGUGCUGCCAAUCACGGGGUUUAGUCCGGGAAGAGGCAUAUAUGGAAACAUGGGUUCGAAGUCCGUUAACGAUCCUUCCGCACGCCUAUUCCAUCAUGCACAGGGUUCGUGGAGAAAAACUGACUUUGUGGUGGAGGCCGGGAAGUUUUGUCGCACGAAAUACCAGAAGAGUGGAUACUGCAGGCAACCAACCACCUCAGUAGUUUCUAUCACUGCCAUGCGUGUCCUCUGGUUCUUGAAACGCCUCAGUCGAAUGGUUAGAGGGCAAAGCCUUAGGCGUCUGGCAUUUCCCCUUACUCUCCUGAUAAUAGCAGUUUCGCUUGGACUCUACCUACUACUUGCUUAUUCCCUGGCAAACGAUCCUCGGCUGGUUCCGAUCGCAUUCCAGGAAGCUAAAAGUAUCCUCCUGGUAACCGCACACCCCGACGAUGAGACGCUUUUCUUUAGUCCGACUAUCACCUAUCGCCAGAAUGAUGCCGGUGUAAAGCGCUCAUUGUUGGUUAUAUCUUCGGGUAAUUACGAUGGACUUGGGGACAAGCGACAAAGUGAGCUUCACAGUAGCUGUGACGAGCUAGGAAUCCCCGAGGAUCGAUGUGUUGUUCUGGAUAUUGCGGAACUUCAAGACAAUCCCAAGCAAUGGUGGAACGAAGACAUGGUUAAGGACCUCGUUACCUCUUAUAAGGAAAAGUGGCAUGUGGACCUGAUUGUCACAUUUGACAAUGGCGGUAUAUCCGGCCAUAUCAACCAUCGAUCCGUCAGCGCCGGCGUGCGUAAAUAUGUCCAAUCCACACCAGAUGCGCCCGCCGCAUACAUGCUACAGAGUACACCACUUCUACGAAAAUAUUCCUCACUCCUGGACCUAAUUCCCACUUCGAUCCCAUUUACCUGGCGCAUCCUUAAAGCCCUCCUCACCACCCCACUCGGUAGACAAGUCGAGCAUAACACCGUACAUGACGUCGUUCCAUUGGCUGCAUACAAUAGCAAAGCGCUUAUUGUUAGCUCAUGGCGAACAUAUCGAGUCUCACGAGCGGCAUUCAGUCAGCACGAUAGCCACCGCACUACCCAAGAGCAAGAUGAGGCCAGCAAACAAGAUACGCUGAUCGAGAUCUUUGAAGAACUGAAUCAACCGCGCAUCAUGACCGUGCCAGGAAGAAGAGCCGAAGUGUCGGAAAAGUGGCGUAUUGACUACACCAUUGAGCAUGUGCAUCUUAGGCUGAUCAGGAGGUCCUGCAAGAAUGCGGAGGUUUGUGCGAUUGGAUUGCAGAGUGAAUAUGGUCCUGGAGCAGGGAAGUCAAUUAAGGUCCUUGGUUCGCUAUAUGAGUGUUGCGACAGCACUUACGACGCGUAG